UGACCUGUACAUCAACUGUACUGGUUGCGAGGGAGAAAUCAUCAACUGCAUAUUUCUUACAACUGUAAAGGAGGCUGGUCGGUGUGCUGUUUGUGGAGAUGUUCUCCACCCGGGUCAGCGCGGUUGGCCUCGCCAGAGGUCUACAGGUCACUAUUCCACACACUGCUCCUGUAGAUGGAGUUACUCCGUACCUUGCUGAAAAGCAAUAUCUCAAAAAGCCUGCUCAGCGGUAUGCCCGUACACCUGCUGUCAUUCGUUCUGUGCUAUCGUCCUCUGCUGGACUUGCUGCAACAGUGAAUGCUUUCGGUAAUACUCAAGUGAGAUAUGCACACACUGAUGUGUCGUGUCCUGAUUUCACUCCACACCGAAGAGAGUCUACAUUGAACCCACACGCACCAGCAUCGGAAUCAAAGUACCAGCGUAGAACUGUUACCUAUGGUUUAUCUGCCCUGGCCACCAUACCGGGCCUCUAUCUCGGAAAAGAAUCAGUGAAGGGAUACCUGCAUUUAUUUGCACCUGACCGGUUUUCAAAAGUCACUGCCAAAAUUGAGGUCGAUCUCAGUGGUGUUCAGCGAGGGUUUGGCAUGACUGUUAUGUGGCAAGGAAAACCAGUCUUCAUUCGCCAUCGUACUGCUGAGGAAAUCGCAGAACUCAACGAAACAAGCAUGGGCGAUCUUCGAGACCCUCAGCAAGACGUUGAUCGGUUUGUCGACCAAGAUUGGACUAUCGUCGUGGGCAUCUGCACCCAUAUGGGCUGUGUGCCUAUCAGCCAUGCUGGUGACUUCAAUGGCUACUACUGCCCGUGCCACUCCAGCCAUUACGACAUCGGCGGCAGAAUCCGAAAGGGCCCCGCACCUGAGAACUUAAUGGUACCCAACCAUGUCUUCCAGGACGAUAUUGUUGUUGUAGGAUAAAUCUUUAGAAUUUCAUGUCCAAUCAUCCUCUGCGUGUAUUUAUAUGGCACAAAAUAUUUUUUUGGCAGAAAACGCAUAGCUUUCUGUUAUGGCUGAGCUAAUGUGCAUGGGUCAUCUUGCUCCAUGCAUAUGAUAUGUAUGCCGCAUUUUUUCAUGGCUGCAAAGACAAUUUUAGUCCCGAUGA